CCGCCAUGUCGGACAAGAUGGCGGCGGCCGCGGCCUGUCCGCAGCCACAUCCCGGCCCCGGUCACGGCUCCGGCCCCAGCCCCGGUCCCGGUCCCGGCCCGCCGGCAGCCGAGGCGGAGCGCGGGGGCCCGCGCGGCGGCGGGGCGGAUGGGGAGGCCGAGGCGGAGGAGUUCGGGUGUCCGGCGCACUGCUCCGACCUGGCCUGGCGGCAGAACGAGCAGCGCCGCCACGGCCUGUACUGCGACAUCACGCUGGCGUUCGGUGGCGCGGGCAUGGCCCGCGAGUACCGGGCGCACCGGUCCGUCCUGGCCGCCGCCACCGAGUACUUCACGCCGCUGCUCUCGGGGGGGUUCGCGGAGUCGCGCUCGGGUCGCGUGGAGCUGCAGAAGUGGAGCUCGGAGGGCGGCCCCGACCCCGACACGGUGGAGGCCGUUAUCGGCUUCAUGUACACCGGCACCAUCCGCGUGAGCCCCGGUAACGUCCAUGAGGUGCUGGAGAUGGCGGACAGGUUUCUGCUGACCCGGUUGAAGGAYUUCUGUGGAGAGUUUCUGAAGAAGAAACUGAACCUCUCCAACUGUGUGGCGGUUCACAGUUUGGCCCACAUGUAUUCCCUGAAUCAGCUGGCCCUGAAAGCGCAGGAUAUGAUCAGGAGAAACUUCCACAAAGUUAUCCAAGAUGAGGAGUUCUACACUUUGCCGUUUCACCUUGUCCGGGACUGGCUCUCAGACUCAGAGAUCACGGUGGACUCUGAAGAAAUCCUCUUUGAGACUGUUUUGAAGUGGGUUCAGAAAAAUCCUGAGGAAAGAGAGAGGUACUUUGAAGAGCUCUUUAAGCUGCUAAGAUUGUCUCAGAUGAAACCCACAUACCUGACUCGCCACGUCAAAUCCGAGCGGCUGGUGUCGAGCAAUGAGGUCUGUGUGAAGCUGGUGUCCGAGGCCGUGGAGAGCCAUGCCCUGCGCUCUGAGAACCUGCAGUCUGGGAACCUGCAGCAUUCCACCUGUCCCACUGCACUGCUGCCACGCUUUGGCCAGAACAUGGAUGUCAUCAUGGUGAUCGGCGGCGUGUCYGAGGGCGGUGACUACCUGAGCGAGUGCGUGGGCUACUUCAUCGACGAGGACAGGUGGGUCAACCUGCCUCACAUCCACAACCACCUGGAUGGGCACGCUGUGGCYGUGACAGAGUCCUACGUGUAUGUGGCUGGCUCCAUGGAGCCAGGGUUUGCCAAGACUGUAGAAAGGUACAAUCCAAACAGAAAUAUUUGGGAGCAGGUCUCAAAUCUAAUCACCAGGAAGCAUUCCUUUGGCCUUACCGAAGUGAAAGGCAACUUGUACAGUAUUGGUGGACAYGGCAAUUUCAGUCCAGGCUUUAAGGAUGUGGCCAUUUAUAAUCCUGAGCAGGACAAAUGGCUGAACCUGGAGUCGGCACCGAAGAUCCUGCGGGAUGUCAAAGCUGUCUCCGUGGAAGAUCGGUUUGUGUAUGUGGCCGCACGCACCCCAGUCGACAGCGACAGCGAGGAUGGGCUGAGGGCUGUUAUUAUCAGAUACGAUGCUGAAACCAGGCAGUGGCAAGAUGUGGAGUCCCUGCCCCUCAUCGACAACUACUGCUCCUUCCAGAUGUCUGUUGCCAACACCAACUUCUACCACACGGCAUCGUGCUGCCCCAAGAGUUACCCCAUAGACAAYGAGGAGGCCAAGGGAAAGAUCUCCAGCAGGGCCUCGGAUGAAAUCCUGGAAUCCUUGCCUCCUGAGGUCCUGAGCAUUGAGGGAGCAGCUAUUUGUUACUACAAAGAUGACGUGUUUAUCAUCGGGGGGUGGAAGAACAGCGAUGACAUUGACAAGCAGUACAGGAAGGAGGCCUAUCGCUACUGUGCCGAGCGGAAGCGCUGGAUGCUCCUGCCCCCAAUGCCACAGCCCCGCUGCAGAGCCACUGCCUGCCAUGUGAGAAUCCCCUUCAGGUGCCUGCAGGGAACACAGAGGUACCCCAUGCCACAAAAUCUGAUGUGGCAAAAAGAUAGAAUAAGGCAAAUGCAGGAAAGGCAGAUGCAGGAGAUACACCGAUACUCUCUGAGCUUACGGAGGAUGCCCCGCUCCCAGAUCGAGUGCUAGUGUGGAAUAUCACUCCUGAUGAGCCUAGGAAAUAAACCCUUUUGUUAGGCUUGAUGUGUCUUUAUAAGACAUGAGGGUGUGGAUUGGAUUUGAUGCAUAAAACCAGCAUCUGUUGUGUACUGAAAAUUCAGAAGCUCAGAAGUUGAGGGUGGGUGGAAUUGAGACACUCCAUGAAUCCAACAGUAUUCCUUAAUGAUGCCCAGGGAAAAGCUGUAGCCUGUAUCGGGCUGUGAAAUGUCUCYGGGAGCAUUAAGCCUGUUACUUCUCUCCUUUGAGAUCUUUGAUUCCAAGGGUUUCUGUAGAGUCACUCUCUAACAGUUCUACUUGGAAGAUCAAAGCUCUCUCUCUUAAUAAUUUAGUGGUUACAUUUGUGUGUGCUUGAAAGCACCUGUUUCAUUUGCACUUAUCUCUUGACAUUCCUUUGAUUCUCUCCUCAGUGACUAAACUUCACAGGAUUGGUGUUGGUGUACUUGGCUUUCCCAAGCUGGAGGCAAGUGCAAUAGUUCUGUAUGAAACAAAAGCACAAUCUUUCUUUAAGAAAUUCCUUCAGGAUGUUUCUAUGUUUAUUAAAUAUUUUUUGUAUCUGUAUCUUGUAGAGAGGCUGCAGAGUUUGUUUAUAAAUGGAUGAUUGGUUGGGCACAAGAUGCUUGCUAAAAGAGACCUUGAGGCAAUGGAUUUUUUUUCAGGUCUGUUUUCAGGUUUGAGUCUGUCUCUAACUCAAACUUAGGAACUUGGGUCAACAGCCUGAGUGAAGGAGUGAUAACCAGCGAUGAGCCACCCACGCACCCUGGCUGUUCAGUUCUGUCAGAGUGGAUCUGUGAGAGUGAGAUUAUUUCAUGGGAAACCUGAGCUACUCGUAGGUCUUUUCUCAAGUGUUGCACAUGUUUUAAUUCUAGUGAGAAGUGAUGGGAGAGCCCCUGCUGUUCCAGCCUGUCUCUGACAAUCAGAAGGCUUUGCCCUCUGUGUGCUGUCCCAAGGGACUCCCAGCAUCUGUGCUGCAGCUCUGCACCAAGCUGGCACAUGUGCUCUUACAGGGGAGAGAGCUGGGCUUUCAGAGUCUCCAAGCAUCUUAAUUUCCCCACUUGCUGUGGGGGUGARAUUUAAGAUCAUUUAAACACCUUUUAUCUUUCUGAGGUGGCUUACAUGCAAGUGCCCUGGGUGGCCCUGGAUUGCUUUCUGCUGUACUCCCGGGGAAUAGAACGUGGGAUAUUCCCUUUGGAGUGUCCCUGCCUCUCAGUUACCUGUCCCACUGAGCACUCCUCCCCGGUCCAAGAAGCUCCAGGACCCUUUCAUUUACCAGUGUUUCAGUGCAUACUUCCUACCUCCUUUUCUCCCCAUCCUUCCCUUCAUUUGAAUGUUCCAAGUUUUCCCAUGCAGUCUAACUCAGGAUCUUAGGGAAGGGAAUGGGAGGAGUAACCUGGGUAUUACAAAACUUGUGUAAACAAACCUUUUUGGAAAAUCUGUUACUGCUCCUGGUUCAUCGAUGAUUUGCUGGUGGUUUUGAUGUGGGUGGCUUCUUUGCAAAGAACUUGUAACCUGUUUGGGGUUUGUUUUGGUUUUAAUUGUUUUGCUUCCUGAGCUGCUCCUUCUCCUUUUCCAGUUCAACAGGCAGCCCAGAUCCUAUAUGAAACUCGGGGUAAGUCCUUCCACCACUCCGUGURUAAAGGUUUCUCUGAUAUGUACGUCCCUUAAUGCUCUGCUUUGUGGUUCAUGGGGCCACUUUGAUAUCAAUAACUUGUCUAUUUGUGAGAGUCUCUGGCCUUAGUUAAAACAACUACCAACCAAACUUGAAAUUCUGAACAGUUUGUCUCUGCUCUGUGGUAACUGUGUUGUAUUUUCUUUGCCCAUUGGGCUGUUGGGGCAGGUGAAGUUUAUGCUGCUGGCUUCAUGCAAGAGGAAAUAGGUGAGUUUAAGGUGAUGUUUGCAGGUGAUUGUUCCCAAACAGCUCUUGCAGGUCUGUAAGCUGGAGAUUGAUCCAUGGAGUCUGGCUCAUGGACUCUUGCAGGUCCGGCUGGAGUGGCUGCAGAAUUGCUGCUCCUGCAGCAGUUUGUGAUAAAGUGUGCAGAUGCCUCUAGUGCUGAAUCCAUCAAUGUAACAGCAAUUUGUGGGAGUUGAUUUAGGGAUACUUUCCCUGACUUUGCACCAAAGCAAUGGGGAGGAGUUCCUGUCCUCCACCCUGCUGAACUGCCUGGAGGUAUUUAAUAGGCAGUUGGAGAGUGGUAGUAGGUCACACCCCCACAGCUCUCCAAGCCCUCUUGUAGGCUACCAUCGAAAAUUUGUAGGGAGAAACACCAUGGUCAGCUGGAAUAGGAGCUGAAUAUUUAAUGACAUUGUGCAGCAGAGGCAAGAACAAACCUUGCAGUCUUGCUUUUUCUAAGCAGCAUUGAUCUUACACUUCCCAGGAGGACGUUUACUAAAAGCACUCCACAGAGAGACAGCAUCAGCCCAGCCCCAUCCCUGGACAGGUAACCCUGUGUGUGCCAGCCGCAUGCCGUGUGUGCCGUGCUGUCCCUCCGUGUGCUCCAGGGUGGGCGGCUCUGGCAGCAGCAUGGACUGCUCUUGAUGUUUGCUCUGCCAGUUCUGGGGUAGUUUUAAGCAUUUGGGGGUUUUUAGCCUUGAAGUCAGUGGACCAGUGGCACUGAUGUGGUUUGUGACUGAUAGGUUGAAUGAUYCAUUGCAUCACAGGAGUAGUUGGGAGAAUUGCAUUCAUGGCUCUGGCUGCAGUUCAGCCCACGAGCCUGUGAAUCCUUUACCAUUCUUUGUGGCCCUUGACCACCAUAGCUUGCUGGGUGGUUAUCAAAUGAUCCCAUAAAGAAAAGCCUGGCUGUUCUUCCUGUGUGUUUCUAAUGGCUGAUCAGCUGUCAGCAGGAUCCCAAUGUAUGUUCAGUAGGGGCAAGAAGACUGCUGGUCUCACUGAGGGAAAAGAACAUUGUGGGGAGUCUUCCUCCUUUGGACAAUCACACCUCUACACCUGUCCUGCUACCUGUCACAAAACACAUGUGUCAUGUCCUGGCUUUCUGCUCAAAGUACCAAUGGCACCUGCCAGGUCUUGGCGGUCACUGUACUAACUCCCAGAGGCCAUAUAUUUACAUAAUAUUUUAUAACUACCUGGAUGCUCCAUUAUAACCAGGGGUUGUGUGUGUUUUUAAUAAGACUCCCUUGCACAAAGUGGGAGAACAUUCCAGAGAUGAAGCAAACAUCCAGAUGUUACAUGUGCUGUGAACAAGUGUGAGCUGCCUAUUGCAAUGGCAUUUUUCUCCAUUACAGUAAAUAUUAAAAUCCAAACUCUUGGCUCAGCUUGUGUGUUGUGGAAUACCCUGGUGUCUGCCAACAAACCCAGUCCCAAGGAAUUACAACUUUUUAUAUUGUUCUUAACACAGCCUUGUAACAGAAUGUAAGAUCCAAUGAGCUUUGAAAAGCAAACGUAAAGGAAACGGUUUUGUGGCUUGGAUUUAUGUUCAGCUCUGUCCACCUUAGGUUGGGGUAUGAGCCAUCUCCUGUUUGACAGUCCUGGGUGGAAUCUGAUAAAACAGGUGCUCUUGAGAAAAUCUAACCCUGUUACUAAUACGAAUGUAGAGCGUGGAACUAACGAGCUGUUUGAUGACCAUUAGUAGUCAGAUUCUCCUCGUGGGUCCAUGUCACUGUGGGUYGCAGCAGCUCUGCUCUCCUGGCAUAUUAACAGCAGGACAGCAGUUUGCUGGGGAGCAGCAGUCCUGUCCUUACCUAUGAGGUAGUGUGUGUCAUAAGCACCCUUUGAAACAGAUCCUGCUGUCCUGUUCUUGACCUUAAAUACACUGUACUAAAAUUUAUUGUAAGAGGUGAAUUAAUAAAAAUAAACCUUUUAUUUCUCUA